GCUGCGGUUGAACCCAGUACUACACCGUGUGUUUAACUUGGAGCUAUUGCACGUCGACCGACGCCGCCUCAAGAAGCCACACAGACUCUCUCAGUAACUUAGAGCUAGAUCCGGAGCAGGGGCGCCUCUCCUCCGUCUCCGAUCAUUUCUUUGCCACCUGUUUCUCCCUGGCUCCUGCUCCAGCACCGACAUCUUGCCUGUUUCGCUAGCCAAACUACGCGAUUUGAUAUUAUCCUGCGCAGAAUAAAGCGGUUAUCAUUUCCCCCUGAAUAACGAUCUCUUGGGAGAUUUUCCAGCGAUGGCAGAGCAUCUCUCCCAGAGUGAGCUGGACUACCCAUUCAAACUUCUGGAGUAUUUCAACGGCUUCAGGGUGUCAAAGGUGAUAUUUUCAGCCUGUGAGCUCGGCGUCUUUGACCUCCUGCUUAAAUCCCAGGAGGCCAUGAGCGCCCAACGGGUGGCGCAGGAACUGGGCACCAGCGUGGACGGGAUGGAGAGACUGCUGGACGCCCUAGUGGGCUUGGAGAUCCUGGAGGUGGAGCGGGCAGAAGGGACAGCUUUUUACAGCAGCACGGAUGUAGCUAACCUCUACCUGGCCAAAGGCAGCGCAAAGUCUCUUCACGACAUGAUCGUCUACCGCUCCCAGACCAUCUACCCUCUGUGGAACAACAUGGUGGAUGCCAUCAGGGAGGGGAAGAACCAGUAUGAAAAGACCUUCGGCCUUCCAUCCGAAGACGUUUUCCAAGCCAUCUACAGGUCUGAGGAGGAGAUGCUAAAAUUCAUGGGGCUGAUGAACUCUUCCUGGGUUCUGGAUGGACACGACGUCGUGACGGCGUUCGACCUCUCUCGCUUCCAGAGGAUAGUUGAUCUUGGAGGUUGCACUGGGGCUCUGGCCAAUGAACUGGCGAGAGCAUAUCCCGCCUCUUCCAUCACCGUGUUUGACCUGCCAGAGGUUGUAGAAGCGGCUCAGAAACAUUACUCACAAGAGGACAACCGCGUUGCCUUUCAGUCAGGCGAUUUCUUCAGAGGUGAAAUCCCUAGUGCAGACCUGUAUGUCCUGGCCAGAAUCGUUCAUGACUGGUCUGAAGAGAAGUGCCUGGCGCUCCUGAAGAAGAUCUACGAGACGUGUCAGCCUGGCGGAGGCGUCCUGCUGGUGGAGGCGCUCCUGUUCGAGAACAAACGAGGGCCCCUCAUGGUUCAGAUCUUCUCCCUGAACAUGCUGGUGCAGGCAGAGGGCAAGGAGCGCUCCCCGUCCGAGUACACCAACAUGCUCAACAAGUCGGGCUUCCGCGACGUUCAGGUCUGCCGCACCGGCAAGUCCUACGACGCCAUCUUGGCUAUCAGAUGAGCGUCUGACAGCGAGAGGAAGACAGCACCGAUUUAAAUGAAUUAAAUGUUUCGUUGGGGUUUCGGAGACAAGCAUGAAACUUGAACCUUACCAUACGUGUUAAAAGAAAUCUUGGUUUUUAGAAUCUUGUAGGUCUUGCCCAGUACAGUGCCGUGAAAAGGUAUUUGCCCCCUUUCAGAUUUCUUCUGUUUUUGCUUGUUUCAGAUCAACAAACUAAUGUCAAUUUCAAGGAAAAUAACCGCAGUAAAGGUGUUUUCAAAUGAUGAUUUCAUUUAUUAAAGGAGCAAUAAGCAAAAUUUCAUUAUUUCAGAUAGAAGUAACAAAACAAUUGGGAUUCGUUGCUGCCGGUUAUCGCGAAGACUUGAUGCAGAUGUUGUAAGAUACGGAGCAGCCAGGUAUCGGGUUUAGGGGGUAAUUACUUUUUCACAUAGGCCCAGUUUUGUUUGGAUAGCCUUUUUUAACGUAUCAAAUCAAACCGUGUUAAACUGUCUGUUUUAUCUGCUCAGAUUAUCACGUCUGAUGUAAACGUUUGCUUGGUUUUGUGAAACCUGUAAGUGUGACGAGGGAAAUCGCUGAAUGUUCAGUGAGACGGUUGUAUCUGCUGCAGAUGUAGACAUGCAGACAGUUGUGCGGGUGGGAUUUUGGGACGCAUUUCCUGUUCACUGCGAUGCUUCCUGGUUUCUCCUUAAACUGCACAUUAACCAAGUCCAUUGUUUCCCUCACUCUGUCAGUUGUCUGUUCUAAAAACCAUUUGGGUUAGUUUUAUGUUUCCUAAAGGAGAAUCAGUGUGAUACUGUUCAACAUCCUGGUUGUGGUGCUUUUAUUGCUUCUAUUUAGCCGUUUUAUUCCGUUUCCUGGCAUCACUUUGUAAAAUGGAGCUGCAGCCGUUUACAUUAAAAUUAUCCGUUUACAGUAUCUGAGCCCCAAAAUGGCUGCAGGUGAGUUUUCCUAUCAAAUAAAUACGAUGCAAAUAAGUGUUUCAAAAGUGGCGAGAAUGGUUUGUAUUUGUAAAAUCAACAUAUGGGUCAUUAAUAUUGCCUUUUCUACAUCAGCACAUUGUACUCCAAGCCUGUUUUGUGUCCUGAAAAUUCUCCUCCAGAAUAAAAAAGCUGUGAGAUAUUAAA